GCUUGUGCGCGGAGUGGUGGCGGGGGGUGUCCCACAGGUUGUGACGUCAGAGGACCGGGUCACGUGCCGGGCUGCGUGCGCGCGCGGCUGACGUGUGGGGAACCCCGGAACCCCCCCCCCCCACACCCCCAACCAACCCAGGGACUGCAAGUGCAGCACUUACAGCAGACAAAUGAUGAAGCAACGUGAAUCAUCGGGGCCGGACUGUCAUCGAGGUUUGUCCUUGGAUGGAGAGAGAGAUGAGCACGGCUUAGAGGAACCCCAAACCUGUUCAGUGUGCGGACUUGGCUUCAGUCGACUGGCCGACAUGGAGUGUCACCCGAGCAGCCACGCCAGGCAGAAACGCUACAAGUGUGACGUGUGUGGCAAGGCCUGGCCUUUCCCUUAUCUGCUGGAGGCCCACCGCCGGGUCCACACCGGUGAGCGGCCGUUUGUCUGCUCCGUCUGUGGAAAAGGGUUUGCCAAGUCCAACAGCCUGCUGGCCCACGGCAUUGUGCACACCGGCGAGCGCCCCUUCACUUGCUCCGUCUGCGACAAGGGCUUCACCCAGUCCUCCAAGCUGCUCAGCCACCAGCGGGUCCACACCGGCGAGCGGCCCUUCGUCUGCCCUGUGUGCGGGGCGCGGUUCACCCUCUCCACCCACGCCCUGGCCCACCAGCGGGUCCACACUGACGAGCGCCCCUUCAGUUGUUCCUUCUGCGGCAAGGGCUUCAAGACGUCCCAGUAUCUGAAGGAGCACCGGCGGGUCCACACAGGGGAGAGGCCCUUCACCUGCCCCGAGUGCGGCAAGGGCUUCACCCGACUCUCCAGCCUGCGGCAGCACCAGCGGGUCCACACCGGGGAGCGGCCCUUCGCCUGUCCCGUCUGCGGCAAGGGCUUCACCCGCUCCUCCAACCUCCUACAGCACCAACGCAUCCACACUGGGGAGAAGCCCUUCACCUGCCCUGAAUGCAGCAAGGGAUUUAGCCGGAUGGAUCACCUGCUCAAACACCAGAGGGUCCAUGCCCACCAUGUUGCCUUCCCGAGCUAGUCCCAUCUGCCGGCCUUUGGGCCGUAUCCCUCUGAACCUUUCCUAUCCACGGACCUGUCCAAGUGCCUUUUAAAUGUCGUUAAUGUUCCUGCCUCACCCACUUCCUCUGGCAGCUCGUUCCACACACGGACCACCCUCUGGGUAAAACAUUUGCCCCUCAGGUCCCCAUUAAAUCUUUUCCUUCAACCUGUGCUCUCCAGUUCUAGACUCCCCUACCCUGGGGAAAGGAAUGUGACCUACCACCUUAUCGAUGCCCCUCAUGAUUUUAUAAACUUCUGUAAGGUCACCCCUCAGCCUCCUUCACUCCAGGGAAAACUUGGAAUCCCUCCUUAUAACUCAAGCCCUUCGGUCCUGGCAACGCUUGUCUGCACACUCUCCAGCUCAAUAACAUCCUUCCUACAGCUGGGUGAUCAGAACUGCACCCAGUUCUCCAGGUGCUAUCUCACCAACAUCUUAACCCCUUUGGAAGCAUGUUGGAGCCAGUUCAGUGAAGCCCUCCUGUGCACUCUCCGAGGUGCCUGGAAGUGAGGUUCCUGGCAUACUACUGCCUUCAACCCCUAUCCUCCCAGCUCCAGAGACCCAAGUUCGAUCAUGACCUCUGCCGCUGUCUGUGAGCUUGGAGUUUGCAUGUUCUCCCUGUGACCGCAUGGGUUCUCACCGGGUGUUCUGGUCUCCACCCACAGAAGUGCCAGGUCGGUGGGUUAAUCACCAUUGUAAAUUGUCCACUCGUGUGUGGGUGUGUGGGGGGGGGGGGGGGGUAGAAUCUGGGGGGAGUUGAUGGGAAUGUGGGGAGAAUGAGAUGGAAUCAGUGUAGGUGGGUCAGCAUUAUCCAAUGAGCUGAAGGGCCUGUUUCUAUACUGUAUCUCCCUAUGACUCCACUGUGGGAGGCCAGGCUUGUGGUAGGUUUAUCUUGAAUUUAGUGAAAGCUGGGUGCUGCCUGGAUGAAAAUGGUUCUUAGAACAUAGACGUGGAGAGGUUCCCUAACUCAGACUCUGAGUGACAGGUGGCUUGGCAAGAUCACCUCCUCCUCGCCUGUAAUGAACAACCCAGGAGACCAGAUCGCUAGGAUUCAGCAGUUCCCAGGACCACAGGGUGAUGGAGAGAGGGGCUGUGCAUCUCCCACAGUUGGGGAAACCUGCUGAGGCUUGUGAUAAACAUCAAGACUGCAGUUAGAUGUCACCCUCACAGACCAACUCCCUCAGUUUCACCCACAUUUCUUUCCACCAAUACUGUCCAUCUCAAGGGAUGUGGACUUUGCAGGCUGAGCCAGCAUUUAAUUGCCCAUCCCUAGUUGUCCUUGAGAAGGUGGUGGCGAGCUGCCUUCUUGAACCGCAGCAGUCCUUGAGGUGUGGGUGUACUCACAAUGCCAGGACUUUGACCCAGCGAUGGUGAAGGAAUGGCAAUGUAUUUCCCAGUGUGGGGCUCGGAGGGGAACCUCCAGGGGGGGUGUUCCCCGUGCCUUUGCUGCCCUUCUCCUGGUAGAGGGGGUGGGGUUGGAAGGUGCUGCCUGAGGAGUCUCGGUGAGUUGCUGCAGUGCAUCCUGUAGAUGGUCCAUACUGCUGCUGUGUGUGGGUGGUGGGGUGAGUGAGUGGGUGUGGAGAGCGUGACUGUCAAGUGGGCUGCUGUGUCCUGGAUGGUGUCAAGCUUCUUGAGUGUUGUUGAAGCUGCACUCAUGCAGGCAAGUGGGGAGUGUUCCAACACUCUCUACCCUGUGAAGGCGAGUGGGGAGUGUCACGUCGCUCUCUACGCUGUGAAGGCGAGUGGGGAGUGUCCCGUCGCUCCCUCCGUUGUGAAGGCGAGUGGGGAGUGUCCCAUCGCCCUCCACCCUGUGAAGGCGAGUGGGGAGUGUCCCGUCGCCCUCCACCCUGUGAAGGCGAGUGGGGAGUGUCCCGUCGCCCUCCACCCUGUGAAGGCAAGUGGGGAGUGUCCCGUCGCCCUCCACCCUGUGAAGGCGAGUGGGGAGUGUCCCGUCGCCCUCCACCCUGUGAAGGCAAGUGGGGAGUGUCCCGUCGCCCUCCUGUCUUAAACUUUGUAGAUGGUGGAUGGGCUUUGGGGAAUUGGGAGGGCAGUUACUCACCACAGGAUCCCCAGCCUCUGACCUGCUCUUGUGGCCACACUGUGGAUAUGGCUGCUCGAGGUCAGGGUCUGGUCAGUGGUAACCCCCAGGACAUUGAUGAUGGGGGAUUCAGCGAUGGGUGUUAGCUCGAUUUUCUCUUGUUGGAUAUUGUCAUUGCCCGGCACCAGUAUGACACAAACGUUACAGCAUCUGCAGUCUGCUUUUCAUUUCCUUUUGGUGUGCACACCUCGGUUGUAAACUGCUGCGUACUCAGUGGGGUAAUGGGUACGGUAACUCGUAACUGAAGUGGUUGCAAACUACCGGUCGUGGUGUGUGGGAACAGUGGCCUGACUGCAAUAAAAACAAUUCUCUUGAAACUGAGUCUGGAAGUGACCAACUUUUGCGCUCAGCUCCCUUCUCUUCUAACUUCACCCAAGGCAAGUUGAGGCGACAGUCACUUCGGGGGUGAAAUUGAGCUUGGUGUUUCCACAGUGUUACAGAACAUAGAACAGUACAGCACAACACAGGCCCUUCGGCCCACAAUGUUGUGCUGACCGUUAAACGUUGUCUAAGACUAUCUAACCCCUUCCUCCGACAUAUCCCUCUAUUUUAAAUUCCUCCAUAUGCUUAUCUAACAAUCUCUUGAAUUUGACCGAUGUACCUGCCUCCACCACCACCCCAGGCAGCGCAUUCCACACCCCAACCACUCUCUGGGUAAAAAACCUCCCUCUGACAUCUCCCUUGAACUUCCCACCCAUUACUUUAAAGCCAUGCCCUCUUGUAUUGAGCAUUGGUGCCCUGGGAAAGAGGCGCUGGCUGUCCACCCUAUCUAUUCCUCUUAAUAUUUUGUACACCUCUAUCAUGUCUCCUCUCAUCCUCCUUCUCUCCAAAGAGUAAAGCCCUAGCUCCCAUAGUCUCUCCUCAUAAUGAAUACUCUCUAAACCAGGCAGCAUCCUGGUAAAUCUCCUCUGCGCCCUCUCCAACGCCUCCACAACCUUCCUAUAAUGAGGCGACCAGAACUGGACACAGUACUCUAAGUCUGGUCUAACCUGAGUUUUGUAGAGCUGCAUUGUUACCUCGCGGCUCUUAAACUCAAUCCCACGAUUUAUGAAAGCUAACAUCCCAUAAGCUUUCUUAACUACCCUAUCCACCUGUGAGGCAACUUUCAGGGAUCUGUGGAUAUGAACCCCCAGAUCCCUCUGCUCCUCCACACUCCCCAGGAUCCUGCCAUUAACUUUGUACUCUGCCUUUGAGUCUGCCCUUCCAAAGUGCACCACCUCACACUUCUCCGGAUUGAACUCCAUCUGCCACUUCUGUUCCUGUGAGUCGAAGACUCAUCCAGCGCCUCUUUUCGUACCCCACAUUCUCCCUGUAAGCUGUGGGUUAGCUGGAAAGGGUGCAGACAAGAUUCAUCUGUUUCUGUGAUGUGACUCCAUGAAACAUGUGGUGUAACUCUUAAAUGUAUGAAGCUAAGUAUUCUCUUGCAAGUCUGCUUAUUUUGCCCUUAAAAUAGUUGCCUGGGCCAGUUGACUUUCUAACUUUGUGCCAUGAUCAGUGGUUUCAACAGAAAUGAAAGCUGGUGUGGUUGUGGAGAGCGAGCAAUGCUGUGGCAGGAUAUAAAUCAGUUGGGGAGAGCAUUGGCAGGUGGGAUUUAAUCCCAACCAUUGCGAGGUGAUGCAGUUUGGAAGGUCAGACAAGGGUAGGGUCCAGGGGAGUGUUGAUAAGCAGAGGGAAUAAGGGCUAUGGCCUGCAAAUGGAGGCCUGUUGCUAGGAAAAGGUCUGUGCUAUUUAAGAAAGAUGUUCUGGCAAUGCAGAUAUACUGAAUGGCCAGCUGACGUAUGAUAAGAUACUGAAGGUGGCCGAGGUCCCAACUACCCCGAAUUGAGUGAAUCACUCCCCUGGGAGCAGCGACCGCUGAUACAAGGGCCAGCAGCAAGUUGGGAGACACGGAGAUAGAGUUCUACAGCACGGAAACAGGCCCUUCAGCCCAACUGGUCCAUACUGACCAAGGUGCCUACCUGACCUCGUCCCAUUGGCUGUGUUCCAUGUUUUGUGUGACAAUGCUGCGGUCAGUUUUUCAUUGCACCUGUGCAUACAGGUACUUGUGCAUCUGACAAUAAACUCGAUCAA